AUGGCGGCGCCAGGAUCAUUAAAGAUGAAGAUCAAUCUUCGAGCAUUGGAAUCAUCGCCGACAAAUGCGAUUUCAAUUUUGGAGGACGAUUACAAAGAAUCAGAAGAACCCGAUGAACGUGGCAACAAUCAGCCAGCGGAGACGAAGAUCGAAUUGCCGGGCGAGGAUCAACCGAGCCCCGAUCAGGCCAGCACUUCAUACGACAAUGAAGCGAAAGACAUCAAUAUUUCCAUU